UUAAGGAUUUUGAUCAAGGAAAAGCAUGGCUUUCAAUCCUCAACACUAUUUUCUUCUCUUUCUCACGAUGGCAUUACUCUCUGAAUUGUGCUUGGCCCAAGAUGCCUAUGUAACCACCAGAGCAACAUAUUAUGGCAGCCCUGAUUGCCUUGGGACUCCAUUUGGAGCUUGUGGAUACGGAGAAUAUGGACGAACGGUAAACAAUGCUCAAGUAUGUGGAGUCUCUAGGCUGUACAAGAAUGGCAGUGGCUGUGGUGCAUGCUAUCAGGUUAGGUGCAAGCAUCCACAAUAUUGCAGUGACGAGGGGACUAAAGUAGUGGCGACGGACUAUGGCCAAGGGCAUGACACAGAUUUCAUCCUGAGUGUCCGGGCUUAUGCCAAAUUAGCCAAGCCAAACGUGGUGGCAGAGUUGUUUGCUGCCGGUGUAAUUGAAGUCGAGUAUCGGAGAAUUCCUUGCAGUUAUCCAGGCUACAAUCUCCUGGUUAAAGUUCAUGAACAUAGCAAGUACCCCUUUUACCUAGCCAUAGUAACACUGUACCAGGGUGGUACAUCAGACAUCGUCGCUGUUGAAGUCUAUGAGGAAUCAUGCAAGCAGUGGAGGGGUCUACGAAGGGCAUAUGGCGCAGUAUGGGAUAUAGCUAACCCUCCAAAGGGAACACUGGCCUUCAGGUUCCAAGUGAGUGGCAGUGCUGGGGUGCAGUGGGUGCAGCCGAACACUGUGCUCCCCAGUGAAUGGAAGGCUGGGGUUGCUUAUGACACAGCUAUUCAGCUCACUUGAGCAAAUCAUCACUUGCUAUCCAGCGCUUUUAGUUAUGUGAUAUCUACUAGUUUAGCAAAUUCCUCUCGCCCAGUUGAGCCACUAGAAAUAUGAAAAAUAUGUAUUUGCUGCAACAUUAGUAUCAAUAAGCAAAUGGCUUUUAGUGUAGUGUAAUAACAUGAUAUUUAUAAUUUGGGUGUAAAUUUAGCUACGUACAAUGAAUAAUACGUUGUUCAUCGGACAUUCAGAUUUCAACAAAUCCAUCUCAUCAA